CAGUCCGAGUAAGAGAGUUGGGGAUUUCAGAGUGAAAAAGUCUUGCGAAAUGAUCACGUCUAUCAAUUAGCCAAAGUACCGUAUCGCGUUCGGUAGUGGUUCGCUGCUGCAGAUCUGCUGUGCUUGUGAUGUGUUGUGUGCUGGUUGUGUGGCCUAGAGAGGUUUGCUGCUGUCGAAGAAAGGGUCAAACUGUGUGAACUGUGGAUGCUGGAAGCUUAGUGAAGUAGUUCCGGUGGAAGCCCAUCACGGGGGGCAUUCUCGGCACCAAAAGUCGCAACCAGUAGCUGCUCAUCUAGCGGGAGACCUUUUUCGGUUGGCCCUCACACCUGAGGACUUUUCCCUUCUCGUGAUUUAUCUAGGCCACACCAAUAUUUCGCUCUCGCGGGUAUCGUGUGCUCCGAUGAAACGCUCGGUCGCUCGGUGCAGGAAUACAACCCCAAAAAUCCAGCGAGUAACAGAAGCUCGUGUCAUUUAGUAGAUAGGGUAAGAAGGCUGCGGUUGUUCAGUGUUCUGUUCUCGGAUUUGUUAUGGUUGAUUGACAGUGUUAAAUUGGCAGGAUGGAAUAAGUGAAGUGGAUUCACAAGCGUUUCAUCAUUUCUUUGAAUCGACAUCAAAUAGCUUGGAUUUUUGCAGUAAACUGCUGUGCAUAGCAAUUGUCCAAUAAAGUGCUUAUUCCGAGAUAUUGUGUUGUUGUUCUGUGCAGUCAUAAUCGUUCUGUUGGAUUUUGUCUUACCUACACACCGAGCACAUCAAGAUAAAAGAAAACAACCCUCAGUGCGGAUUAAUAACGUAGCAAAUGAUUUAAACUGGUUCACUGUAUUAAAAAAAAAACACUUUGUCAAAUAUGGCCCACCGUGUGUAAAAUUCUGUGGAUAAAGUUACAUGUUGUUGCAUAAAGGCUAAAAGAGUGUUAACCACACGCACCUAGCGUCGAGGUGUGAUGCAGUUUGCUCACAGUGUCGCGUUCUGCACAGUUCUGCGACUCUACCAUUCGUAGAAUUACACCUAGAAUAUGAUAUAGGUUGAAAUCACUUGACCCGGACGUAAACACUGCACACAGCGAAACAAAAAUUGGAGAGACAGCGAGAGAGCGAGAAAAGGAGGCAAACGUGAUUAUUGGCUUGAAGAAAUGUAACUUUCUAAUAUGGUAGAUUAUUUACGAACGCAUAACAACAACGGUGCAGCAUUUUGAAGGCAAUAUCGUUCCCAGUCCUAGUGAAUAAUAAGCUGAUGAUGAAUAAAUUAUUCCCUCUAAGGUCAGCUUAGAACCACCGUUCACCAGUGCGAGGAGUAUUAUGAAAUCGAACACCCAGUAGUUCUAAUUAGGGCGGUGAUUGAUGCACUGAAAUGAAAACCAGCUUUUCAACUGAGUGAGUGCCACAAAAUAUUGAAAAUUUAAGCCUGGUGGUUUCGAGCGCAAACAUGGCUUCGCCAUCGACGUUGAAUACCGAGACCGCCGGCAAACAGCAGCAAUCGCCACGCAGUGCAGCCGCGCUGAGUGCGGUUAUUCCGACGGCCGUCAAGCUCGGAACAAUGGAGGUUCCGAAGUCACUGCAGGACGGCGAAAAAUUCCUCAAAUGGGAUGAGGAUUCCUGCAAUGGAACUCCAGUGACGGUCCGUGUUGACGCCAAGGGAUUCUACUUGUACUGGGUGGAUCAGAAUCACGAAAUGGAUCUACUGGACAUUGCUACAAUUCGGGACGUUCGGACGGGCCAAUACGCUAAGAAACCAAGAGACAUCAAGCUGCGCCAGAUUGUGACAAUGGGCUCCCAGGACACAUUGGAGGAAAAAACGGUCACCGUGUGCUACGGAGCUGACUUUGUCAAUGUGAACUUCAUGAACUUUUGCUGUACGCGGAAGGAGAUUGCGCGGCUCUGGUGCGACGAGUUGAUUCGGAUGGCGUACAAUCUGACGCAGCUGAACGGGCCAGCGAUAAUGUUUCUGCAGAAAGCGUACACUAAACUGUGCCUGCAGGUCGACAAGAGCGGGAAAAUUCCGGUGAAAAACAUCAUCAAAACAUUUGCCACCAACAAGGACGACCGACGACGUGUGGAAAAGGCGCUGGAUGUUUCCGGGCUGCCAUCCGGAAAGGCGGACACACUGGCGCUAUCCAAAUUUCAGUUCGAGGAUUUUUUCAACCUGUACAAGAAUCUUACCCAGCGAGGCGAGGUGGAGAAGGUGUAUGACGAACUGGUCGGCACAUCCAAACGACGGCUGAUGUCCACAUCGCAGCUAGUCGACUUCCUAAAUAAAACGCAACGCGAUCCCAGGCUUAAUGAAAUCCUACAUCCGUAUGCAAACACGGCCCGAGCAAGGGACAUCAUCCAGGAGUACGAGCCGAAUAAGUUCAACGCUCAGAAAGGUCAGCUAAGCUUCGAUGGCUUUCUGAGAUAUCUAAUGUCGGAGGAUAAUCCAAUCAUGGCAGCUAGCAAGUUAGAUCUGUGCGACGACAUGGAUCAACCGCUUUCACACUACUUUAUCAAUUCAUCGCACAACACCUACUUAACAGGGCACCAAUUGACGGGCAAGAGCUCCGUGGAGAUUUACCGUCAAAGCUUACUGGCUGGAUGCAGAUGUGUCGAGUUGGAUUUCUGGAACGGCCGCACUGAGGAGCCUGUGAUAGUCCACGGCUACACUUUCGUCCCGGAGAUCUGCGCCAAAGAUGUGCUAGAAGCAAUAGCUGAAACAGCAUUCAAGACAUCCGAAUUUCCUGUGAUACUGAGUUUCGAAAACCACUGUAACCCGAGGCAGCAGGCAAAAAUAGCAAAUUAUUGUCGUGAUAUUUUUGGAGAUAUGUUACUAGAUAGGCCCCUAGAUUCCCACCCCUUGGGACCAGGCUCGGAUCUGCCUCCGCCGUCGUUGUUGAAACGGAAAAUCAUCAUUAAGAAUAAGAAAAAGCACCACCACCACCAUCAUCAUCACAAGAAAGGAAACGCCACGAGCCCGACGGCAGCACCGGCGGCGGCAGGAGCUGUGCCAACGAACAGUGCCAUCAACAAUAAUGUCAGCAAUAACGUUAACGCAAACACCACUUCCGCUACACUAAUGGCAACCGCAGCGGCCGGAACGGCAACUCUGAUUACCACCGGCAGCGGCAAUAGCGGUAUAGUGGCAGCCAGUGCAAGCAUACAAGUGCAACAAUCCCAGGAGGAAAAUAGUGUCACAUGCAUUACGCCCAGCACCAAUAGCAACAGCGUCAACAACUGCAACAGUAACCCCCCUACCGCCAACAGCACCACCAGCACCGCCCCCGCUAACGAUGCUAGUGCACAACCAGCAAUGGUGACCGGAAAUGGUGAUGUACCGCACCAUGCACCUCCACUACAGCAAAUUCGCCAGAGCUCGAAGGAAAGCACCGGUUCGUCCGAUACCGAUAGUUCUAGUGACGACGAGUCGAUGCCGGGUGUACCAGUUGGGCCCAUUGGAUCCACCGAAGCGGAUAAAGUACCGCAGACCAAAGAGACUGAAGCGGGGGCGGAGAUCUCCGCCCUCGUAAAUUACGUUCAACCUGUACAUUUUAGUAGUUUUGAGAAUUCCGAAAAGAAGGGACGCUACUACGAGAUGUCUUCGUUUGAUGAGAAACAGGCGACCACGCUGCUCAAGGAGCGACCGAUUGAGUUCGUCAACUACAACAAACAUCAGCUGUCGCGUGUCUAUCCGGCGGGAACACGUUUCGACAGUUCCAACUUCAUGCCACAGUUAUUUUGGAAUGCCGGCUGUCAGCUCGUAGCACUGAAUUACCAAACGCUUGAUCUCGCCAUGCAACUUAACCUGGGUCUGUUCGAAUACAAUCAUCGGUGUGGGUUCCUGCUGAAGCCGGAGUUCAUGCGACGAAAAGAUCGCCGAUUGGAUCCGUUUGCCGAAAGCACGGUGGACGGGAUAAUCGCGGGUACGGUGAUUGUCACGGUACUGUCCGGUCAGUUUCUGACGGAUAAGAAAGUUGGCACCUACGUGGAGGUAGACAUGUUUGGCUUGCCGGCCGAUACGGUGCGGAAAAAAUUUCGUAGCAAAAUCGUUCGCGACAACGGAAUCAAUCCAAUCUACGGCGAGGAGCCGUUCGUGUUUAAGAAAGUUGUGCUGCCCGAACUGGCCAGCAUUCGGAUAGCGGCAUACGAGGAGGGUGGAAAACUGAUUGGACAUCGCGUGCUACCGGUGAUAGGUUUGUGUCCCGGUUUUAGGCACCUGACGCUGCGAACUGAGGUGGGUCAACCGAUACCACUGGCGACAUUGUUUUUGUCCAUCAUUGUGAAAGAUUACGUGCCGGAUGGACUGUCCGAACUGGCGGAGGCGUUAGCUAAUCCGAUCAAGUAUCAAAGUGAGCUGGAGAAGCGGUCGGAGCAACUUGCUGUCCUGCAGGAAGACAUGGAACCGGUUGAGGAGGAUUCGUUUGUAAUUGUUUCCCUAGGUGCGCGAAAGGAUACGCUUAAGACUGCAGACCUGAUCCCCGGCAGUCCAAAGCAUAGAGCUAGCAUUCAGGUGUCGCCACUGAGCUCAAUGACAGCGGCAGCAGGGUCCACCGAUAGUGACCAUGACCAUCGCGAAACACCGCUGGAAGCGAUUUCGAAAGUGGUCGCCCUACCGGUGGCGCAACCUUCCCUCGAUCAACCAAGUCCGCUGCUGGUUAAACAGGGCACAAUCCAAUCGGACAGACUUCAACCAUCGGCGCAAUCUUCCACUGAUCAGUUAACCGGUGCGGGUAAAAUUGUUGCUGAUCCGUUGGAGAAGAUCUUCGAAGAUAAACAAGUUCGGAAAAAGCGGGAAGCACUGGAGAAGGAGCUAAAGGCUCUGAAAAAGAGCCACGACAAGGAAAAGAUUAAGGUGACUGCACAGAAAAGCGGCGAUCUCAGUGACGGCAUCAAGAGAAGUAAGUUCGGAAUGGGCAAUAAGCUGGUGAAGAGGUUCAGCAGUAAAAACAUGGCCGACAUGAACAUAAGGAUACCACCGUGCUCAACCGAUGCGGACAGUUGCGAUAACAGUGCGCACGCGGAGAAACUGAAGCAAAUCUGUCGAGAUCAUGCAAAUAGCUUUCGGGAUGUGUUGGAAAAGUAUCACGAGGUGAUUUACAACCUUGCUGAAGAUUUACUCCGACAGUCACAGGAAAACCAGAUGAAGCAGCUGAAGGUACAACUAGAGCGCGAAACGAGCGAAGUCAUGCGGCAACUGCAGUCGUCCAGGAAGAACGAAGUGAAACAGUUGGCGCAAGUGCACAAAGACAAGGAUGAGUUGGAGAGGAUGAAACGAGAGGUGGAUUCCACUUUGGUAGAAAAAGGUGUAGCGGAGCGUGUUCGACUGACGGCCACCUACGAACGAAAACGAGACGACCUUCAACGGCAGCAUGAGCUGGUGAAGCAGGGCCUGGAGGACCACCGGACAAAGGCGAAAAUCAUGUUGGAGAAGGAAGCUGAAUCUCACGCGUGCAUAUCGGAAACAUUUCUGGCUCAUCUGAACACCAGUAGUAGCACUACAAGCUGCUCAACGGUGGUCACGCUACCACCAACGUCACUUUCCAGUGGUAACAUCUGUAGCAGUGCGGGUGGAGUUGGAGCCACGGCCAUUACGAAGUCCGUUUCCUCGUCGAAUGCCCACGAAAACAAUGUUAACAAUACUCACGUGCAGCUAGAGUGAUAUGCUUAAACUAGUCAUUUAGAUUCUAGAAAAGGUACGAAACGGUGUAGAUGAAGACUAUACAUGUAUAUGGUCUAUUUUGGAGUUUGACGCCUAGAGGGCAACUUGGUUCAAAGCAGAACAAUUUCUGCCUCCUGCCUGACUGAAGGUUUUUGGAAUGCAUUGUUUGGUCAUUGUUUCUGAGUGUUCUUCGCGACCAUAUCAGUUGGCCUAACUAGACUUAUUUGCUCGGAACGGUUCGGCGACAGUUGGCCGUUUGCGAUAGACGGUUUUUUUUCUUUCGUUUUAGUUUCAUCUUAGACCAGUAGUAGUAGCGAAGAACGUUGAACGUUCGGGGAAAUAUUGGUUUUACCGUAUAGUCGAAGCAGCAAACAAUAACAUAGAAGGAGAAUAGGAAUUUUCACGAAACAUUGAAUAACUCGCUGACGGGUAACAAACGAGUAAUAUCAAACUAAUAAACAACAUGGAAAACAUAUUUAAAAAAAAAUAUAAAUUAGAUUUUGGAGCAAACUAGUUAGAUACGAGAAAUAAUCUAAAGAAGAAGUAUUUUGAAUCAUAUUUGGAUUAGACGAUUGCAGAGAUGAAUCUCAUUAGUAGUCAAUAGGAUUGGUGAUUGGGUUCCGAUAGAAGAGAGUCACGCAUUUAGGAAUUUUUAUUUGCACAUUUUUGAUUGAAUUCUGCAUGAUUAGGGUGAUUUUUCAAGAGAUUUUUUGUUGAGAGUCAAGCAAAACAUCUAAGAAUCUAAAAUCUAGCCCCUCAAAAAAUAGUCUAGCGGCGUCAAAUCGCAUGAUCUUGGUGGACAACUUACUGAACCAAAAAGAAAGAUAAAUUGCUAACCAAAUUCAUUCCCUCAAAUGUCCAUUGUUAUGCGUGCUGUGUCAUCCUGUUUGAACCACUCGUCAAUCAAAUUCAGCAGAACUUCCAAUUCGGACAAUAAAAAGUUAUGGACUUUGGAUCAAUAUCGUUUGCCGUUGACAGUCACGUUUCGUUUAAGAUUGUCUUUUGAUGAAAACGGCACAAUGAUUCUACCAGCCCAUAAACGACACCAAACUGUUGCGAGUCGACGAUUCAAUGUCCACUGAAGAACAUUUGUUGCGCAAUUUGAUGAUACUCAUUUUUCACAGAGCCCGAUUUUAUAGAAAAAAAUCUACGGUUUUCAACCCUCUAGCGCCCAAGUUAAUUUUUAGACGGACUUCGACAAAAUCCCUAUGAAUCCUUAUAAACAUUUUUUUAAAGUAUUCAUUGAAGCUUUUUUAAAGUGUGGCUGAAGACCGUCUAAAGGCGGCACUGGGCACUAGAGGGUUAAAUAUUUAACAACCGCUAAAUAUCAACCGCUGCCGCUGCGUCAUUGCCUGCAGCUCUGAGUGGACGGGAAUACCGCGUACUGACAUGAAUGUUUAUGUUCACUGGGUACUUUUUCACUGUUGGGCCGGUUGCACCGAACUCUCAUCCAAGCAUCCUUUGGAGCUUCUCGUCGCUCAGGGUCGUCGACCAUCCGGAACCGGGCUUGCUUUCUAUGCUCUGAUUGUUGUCCAAUAGUGCCAAGAUGUUGUAGAUGCCGGAACGGGCAUAUCGGGCGUCGACAAAGUGCUGCACGAUGUCCGUUUUCGACGCGGCAGUGUACCGUUCAUUGAACGCACACACCCCUCUACAAUAUAGCUUCACUGUUUGCCCAUCACGGUUAGACUGAUAGAGCUGUCAAUAUUUUGGGUUACUAUGAUUGAUGCUGCAUGGGUAAGCUGACCAACUGUACGGAUUUUUUUUUCGGACGGUCCGGAUUUUCAGGAGUGGUGUCCGGAUUUUUUGAACUUUUCGAAUUUUGUCCGGAUUUUUUGAACUUCACCUAUAGAAACAACUAUCAACUCUUUUUGAUCAAGUUCAAAUGCACCUCCAGUUUUAUUAAGAUCUAACUGCGGAGUUUCUAUCGUUAAAACGUAACAGUUUUUUAUGGGAUCCUUCCUAGUUAAAAUGUUGACAUUCGUUCAGUGUAAUAACACAAAAAAGACACACAAGAACUGUCAAAAUUGUUGCAUGAUGUCAUGGUUUUAAAUUAGCCACAUUUUUUUUGUUACUGCCAAUGGUUAUUUGUCCGAACGGAGCUAGCAAUUCAACAAAAUCCGUAGAUUCUUGUGGAUGGGAUUGAAAGUUACUCCUUUGUGGACUGAUGUGGAAAUUUCAAUGCAGUUCAUUUUAAUUUGCCAGAGAAUUGGCAUGGAGUCCUUCUUCCAAAAAGUUUUCAUCCAGUUCACUUUCGUGGAGUCCUAGAGAGAACAACCAAAGAAAUCAAAAAAGAAUCAGUAGCGAUGAACGAUGAAGAAAAAUUUUCAAUUUUUUGACGCACAAGCUGUUUCCUUCUCCGAGGUCGCCAAAAUUGUUAAAUUUAUGUUGUACCUUCCGGAAACAAUGGCUGCCGUCGAACGAGCAUUUUCGGAGACUAACAACAUUUGAAAAUCAGAAUGUCUUCAAUUACAUAUUGAAACUUUUAGGGGUCUGCUGUUUGUGAAGGUGAAGAACUUAUUAAGGAAAAAUCAAUCUAGAAACAGGUUUAAAUUUAUAAUUUAUUAUUCUGUUUGGUAAUGUUUGACAUAAGUCCGGGUUUUAUUACUUAUUAUCCAUAAAAUUUGAGUUGGGCAAAUGGUGUGAAGGUAAACUCAUAAAAAAUCGACAAUUUUUGUAUUUUUUAAGGGAAAACGUUAUCUAAAAUUUAAACUUUCUAGAUUUUCUAAACAAUUUCUUCAUGCAUUUUGCAUGUUAAAUGUCACAAUAUUUUUACCAAUGUUCUGUGUCAAUGGAAUAUAGAAAUGUACGGAGAUGGUUUAAAUCUUGGCUUUAAAUGGUUUUUUUUAGUUAACAGUGAUGACGUAACAAAAACAACAUUCGGUAGAUUUUUUCAUAAGUUUUGACAGUUUUGAGCUGAAAAUGCGUUGCUGUGCCAUGAAAGAGUGCAAAAUACCGUUUCGAAUGGCACUUUUUUUUUGGUGGUACGCAAACAUUACCAGAAAAUUUACUGAGAACCUAUUCGUUUUUAAGCAUAAUGUCCACGAGUGUAUAGCUGCUACUACUCUGGUAAGAAUUUGAAAGAAUUAUGAUGAUCAGAAAUGUUCCAAAAAUGAAUUCAAGAAAGACAAACUUCACGCAAAAAAAAAAACAAUAUAUGGUAUAAAGAUUUCACAUUAAGAAAAAUCACAUCAUUCUGUUUGUAACAUGACUCAACACUAAAGUCGCAUUUUACACCCAAUCUUUCAAGUUACCAUCUAGUGUUGUAUGUAGCACCUUAAGCCCAACCAUCUGCACACGAGGUGAUCAUUUUAUCAACGUCCAGGCUUCACGGCCGUAAGGAACCACCGAGUGGAUCAGCGUUCUAAGAGGUCGAUUUGCCAAACUACGAAUCUUCAGCUGACUUUGUAGUCAGAUUUCAACACGCUAAUUUUUUCACGGUUUUUUAAAAGAUUUUUACGCAGAUUUUCGAAUCAUCACGGUUAUUUACGUGUAGAAUUAUCACGGUCUUUUUUGCGUGGAUUUUUUGGUGAUUAAGGUGAUUUGGGAACCAAAAACGUCUAAAGGUUUAUUGAGGAUAUGUCCGUUUUUCCGUUUUUUUUUGUGUUUUACUAAUUCCACAUCGUCGCUGCGAUGUCACCACAUUUUUUGGAAACCUUGGUUAACACAUCCCCCUUUAGAAAAUCUAUAACAAGCGUCUUAGCAGAGUGAUUGAGAAAUCAAAGAAAUAGUGAUCGGUUUCCGUUAUACUCUACUAAAUUUAGUAGAGUAUA